UGACCAUUGAAACGUGAUACAUUAGAUUUAAUAAAAUUAUUAGGAAAUUUAUCGGAUUUUAGAGUCCUCUUGGAAUGAUCGUAUAGUGCGUUUCCCUCUGUGGGUAUAUGAUUAUGAAUUAAUUUAUGAUUGAAAUGGUUGAGCAUUAUCUGUAAAAUCAUAGAGAUGACAUCCUUAUGAUUAAAAUGGUCUAAUACUAAUUAUGGUGAGGGGAAAUUGAAUGUACUAAAUCUUGCAUAUUAGCACUUCGCUGAGACAGGUGGGCCUACUCUGAACUCGAAAAUAUGAGUCUGGAAAGACUAAAGAGAGAGCCGAAAACUUGAUCAGUAAAAGUGAGCCAAGAUCAACAGUUCGAAAAGAUGAACAUCAAGGAAGGAACGCCGUGGCGCAGAAAAUCUGACAAGAUUGAAGAGCGCCAUCUAAUCGCCAACAACAACAACAAUAUUGCGCAAUCACCUGGCGCUGGCUGGCUAGCAGACAAUCAUAUAGAUCUAGUAUGUCAUUGCAACACGACUGCAGCUGGCAGAGUUUCAAACGAGAGGAUUUCUUUCAUAUAGUUUCGAAAGAUCCAGAUCAUCAUGAUAUUUCAAUCUCAGUUUGAUCUACAUACAUGUACUAAGGCUGUAAGACAGACAGUUUACAAAUUCGCACGCUAGGUUCAACAACCCACCACCGACAGCUCUGCAGCUCAACUGUCUCCAUUUGCCCAUUGGAAUUAACACUGCUCACUCCAUCCAGCUCCCUCACACAUACCUAAUUAAUCCACCGAGCUAACUGGCCAUCCUCACUCCAAAACAUGGACGUCAGACUGUCUAAACUUCUCUCGCUGGUUUUAAGGCACAGAGCACAGCAAUUGGGCUUCAACAUUUAUCCAGGGGGAUAUGUUCUAGUCAAGGAUCUUUUAGCCCAUAAGAUGUUCAAGCGCUUUACAGAGGCCGACAUUAGAAGGGUUGUGGCUUCCAAUGACAAACAGAGAUUCUCCUUCAAAACCAAUGAGGAAACUGGUGAACUGAUGAUCUGUGCUAACCAAGGACAUUCCUUUGACGUACCUGAACCAGAGCUGGAACCCAUUACUGAUGCCAGUCGUUUUCGAACCGUAGUCCAUGGAACUUAUUUCAGGCAUUGGGACCAGAUCCGCAGACAGGGACUGAAGAGGAUGAACAGGACUCACAUUCACUUUGCCCAGGGUGUGCCGGGAGCUGAUGGAGUCAUCAGUGGAAUGCGGAGAUCCUGUCAAGUGAUGAUAUUCAUUGAUCUUCCUGCAGCAUUGAGAGGUGGCGUCAAGUUCUUCUUGUCGAAGAAUGGUGUGGUACUAUCCCCAGGUGACAAAGACGGGAUCCUUAGAACUAGAUACUUCAGUAGCGUGAUGGAAGCUCGUUCAAGGCAUCCGAUUGCUUUUGAGAAACACUGAAACAGCUCCAACCACUACUCGGUGACCGAGGGGAAUGAUAUGCAGAUUAUAUUUUGGAUUAUAUCACUGGAAUAGUUUCAGUUUUAUUUUUUAUUUCCAACAGAACAGAUAUACAAUUCAAUAUUCAACUAAAUACCUAAUGCAUUUUUCAUGGUUUAAAGUUAUCAAAUAGAAAGUAUACAUAAAUACCCAGUAUAAUACUUCUUUUAUAUUUCUAAAGUAAACUUGUGGAAAAAGAGGGAUUCACUGAAAAGCAGAGUUUGUAAAAUGUGGAUCCUCAAAAUAAUGAAAAACAUUAAUUUUGUAAAAUGUUAUGUAAAUAUAUUGACCUGAAGAGAAAAAAUAUGCACAUAAAUUACCAAAAAGUGGCAGAGUAAUAAUACAAUUAUAAAUCUGUAAUUUGAAAAAUUAUUACGAACAUAGUCUGUAGUUGUUCCGUAGUGUGCCUAGGCUUGCCAAAUGAGUCUACCUUUUGCUUUCAUGGUUCAUUUGACCUUUCUUGGUAUAUCAUAUUAUAUACAUGAAUCAUAUAUAUUUAAAAUUUUUUUGUAGGGGAAUGAGGUUCGCAUGUUUUUUUACAAAUUGAAUUAUCUUUUUUUCUUUUUUCUUUAAAUGUCUUUUUUUGUAUGUGCCUUACAAGUGAAAUAGGCUAUAAGAGCAAUUAUAUUACCAACACCAAUCGAGUGUGUAGUCCCAUUUACAACAUUCAUUGCUGGAGAGUUGUUAUAAAUGUCAGGCCCUCUAUACUAUACUCUAU